UUCAUCUUCGUAGCAUUGUUAUGAUUUAUACUAAUUCGGAAUCAGCUCAAAAAAAAAAAAAAAAAUGAUGAGAGAGAGAAGAACGACGACCUGAAAAGGCAACAUCCAUUAAUGGCGUCAAUGCAGAAACAUUAUACUACUACUCCACCAUACAUCAUUCAUAAUUUUUUGUUGAGUUGUUGAGCGAAUGCGUUGAUGAACCAAUUGCAUCCCUCCACGUGGGAAUCAUGUCGCUAUGUUUUCGCCUCUUUUUGGGGGGACACAGCAGAUAAGUAGAACUGCAGAUGCAUUGCUCAAAAACAUGUUCAAAUUCUCCAAGGCUUGCUGAAGAAGUUGCAGUCAUCUUUUUGAGGUGCAUUGGAUGGGUCUGCUGACUAACAGAGUGGAGAGGCAUGAAAUCAAACCCGGGGAUCAUAUCUACACUUACAGAGCAGUCUUCGCUUACUCUCAUCACGGUAUCUUUGUUGGGGGUAGCAAAGUAGUUCACUUCACCCGUGUUGGAAGCACUUCCAGCUCGGACUCUGAAGUAUACGACGAAGCUGAAGAAUGCCCGACCUUUCCUGACUGCGGAUUCAGGCAGCCGGAUAGUGGAGUUGUCCUCUCCUGUCUAGAUUGCUUCCUCCGUAAUGGCUCCCUUUACUGCUUCGAGUAUGGAGUGUCCCCGUCUGUGUUUAUUGCUCAGGUACGUGGAGGCACCUGCACGACUGCUGCAUCCGACCCUACUGACACGGUCAUCCACCGGGCAAUGCAUCUGCUCCAGAACGGAUUUGGGAACUACAAUGUGUUUCAGAACAACUGCGAGGACUUUGCCCUCUACUGCAAGACGGGGCUACUCACUGUGGACCGGAUGGGGGUUGGGAGAAGCGGGCAGGCCUCCUCUGUGAUCGGAGCACCACUGGCAGCUCUCCUCUCGUCCCCUUUGAAGUUCCUAGUGCCUAGCCCGGUGAUGGCUACUGUGACUGCAGGAAUGUACUGCAUGAACAGGUACGCUACGGACAUUGGGGUCCGUACGGAUGUCAUCAAGGUAGCCGUGGAGGAUCUGCCCAGAAUUGCUCGUUGGGAGAAUACCGAACGAGUAACUGCACAAGAUGCAGUCUCAGAAGGAGAACUUCUUAGAUAACAUUCAUGUAGUCAUUGACAUAAACUGCAUUUAUGCUAUCAACUGAUUUCUCUCUUUUCUAGCUACUCUGAACUAGUUGCUUUAUGAGCCAAUGUAUUUACAGCCUUUACUA